AAUCACACAGAGAGAUAAGAAGAGGAAGAGCUCUCUCCGGAUCGGGUUUCUGCACCGCUCUGGUCCCUAAUCCCGGCUUUGGGAGCGGGAUGGGAGACGCACAGGUCAGGGCAAACACCAAUGAUCACCUCUCCGGUCUGGGAUUGGUAAGAGCAAGGGCUGAUGGGAAAACUGGAGCGCACAGGUGGGAUAUAAAUACCUGCAGUAGACAGGCCCAUGAGAUGCUGAGGCUGGAUUGACAGAAAGGAGCAUCGCAGAGGCCGGUGGUUCUCAAACGGUGGCGCACGGGCUGAUGGUGCUGGUGGAAGCGUCUGGGGAGUGUGAAAGCUGGCAGCGAUGGCAUGCCAGGCGUUCAGUGCAGACUCGUUCAGUCCUCUGGCUCCCGAGUUGCCCAUUCUGAUGCACCACGCGUCCACCACCGACUGCCUGUCCUCUGGCUCUCACGCCCACUCCAUGGUCUCUGCAGUUUCUUCUGGACUGUCCCUGGGUCAGUCAUCCAAGCGCUCUCACAUGCACCUCUCCACUACUCCCCUUGGAAAUGCACCCCCCAGCCUGCAUUACCCAGUCACCCCCUGUCACUAUGGCAACCAGCAGGCCUAUGGCAUGAUGACAGCUCAGGAGAUGCUCUCAGCCAGUAUUUCUCAGACUCGGAUCCUUCAGACCUGCGCUGUGCCUCACCCAAAUAUGGUCAGCGCCGCCAACCCACUGCAAGGUUCACUCACUUCCUGCCUCUACAAGUUUCCAGACCACGGCCUAAGCAGUGGCUCGUGCGCCCUGAGCCAUGGAUUCUCCACUCUACCGCAGGCGCUGCUCUCCUCUGAUGACACUCCCGGGGGUCUCUCUGCCAUGGGGGGAGCGGAGGGGCUGAAGGUGGAUGUCCCCAGAAAGAGUAUCCGUGAGCAGGACGAAGCUCCCCCUAUGGACUCCCCGCAGAUCCGCGAGUUGGAGAUGUUUGCCAACGACUUUAAGAUCAGGAGGAUCAAGCUGGGCUACACUCAGACCAAUGUGGGAGAGGCUCUGGCGGCUGUGCACGGCUCUGAGUUCAGUCAAACCACAAUCUGCCGCUUUGAAAACCUCCAACUGAGUUUCAAAAAUGCCUGCAAACUCAAGAGCAUCCUGGAGAAGUGGCUGGAUGAGGCAGAGCUAGCUGGUGCUUUGUACAGUGACAAAGUGGGAAUGAAUGAAAGGAAGAGGAAGCGAAGAACAACUAUCAGCCUGGGAGCUAAGGAGGCUUUGGAGCGCAGUUUUGUGGAAAAGACCAAACCUUCAUCUCAGGAAAUCACUCGGAUCGCAAAAGGACUGCACCUCGAAAAGGAGGUUGUCCGGGUCUGGUUCUGUAACAGGCGGCAGAGGGAGAAACGAGUCAAAACCAGUUUAAACCUGAGUCUGAAGAUCAGCCCCAACUGUAUCACUCAGAUGAGCAAGCGGUCAAUCACAUAGAGACAAACAAAGAUUACCGUCAAUGGCAACACAACUUUAUAAGAUUAUUAAAUACUACUAAUAUAAUAUUAAUUUUAUACUGCACUAUGUAACUUUUUUUAGUCCAUUAGAUCACAAACUCGCAGUAAUGUGAAUUUUGAGCGUACACAUGCUUUAUAAACAUGACCCCUGACCUGUAACUUGGACUGGUGAUGUCUCUCCAUGAAGGUAGAUAAGUUUAAUGCCACACUGUUGAACAUUCCAAGUAAAGCAGUAACACCUCCAGACAAGUAUGUGGCUAAACAGAAAAGUUUGAAAAAAGUUGCACUACCUUUUUUCAAAAAUGAGAAAAUGCAAGUUACUGUUCAUCAUUGUCUUUAAAUUGUCUUAUUGAUUUUUGUUGUUUUUUAUUUUGAAUUAAGUUAAUGAUGGAUCCAUUAUUGUAUUAUAUAUCCUUAUAUUACAUUAACAUUCUGUGCCAAUCUGUUUAUUUACUAUGUCAGUGAUGAUCUAGUUUUUACUGCCUAGCCUGAUUGAUGGCACAGGGAGGUGUGCAGGCUGCUUGUUGUGAAUUUGUCAUUUUUCUAGAUGCUAAUGUAGCUCGUGUCUUAAGUGUCAGAAACCAAAGAUUGAUAUGACAUGUUUCAGUGAAGAUGCAUGUAUUUUUAUUUAUUUUCCUAGUUUUAUUUUUGCACCAGACGUCACAAACCAAUGCACAGUCCAGUAUAGAUUAGCAUGUCAUAAAUAACAUUAUACAGGAGACAGAGUAAUAGCUGGAGAUUAUCCAAAGAAGACAGUGCAACUUUCUAUUUUCCAUUAACUAAUAAAAACGUAUGUAUUUCAUUA